AUGGCGUUCUUUGCCCCCGCAAGGCUGGCUCUGGCGCCCGGCGGCGCCUGCUCCCGGGCCGCAGCAGCAGCUCUUGCUGCUCCCAAACCUGCGCCCCUUUUGCCCUUUUGCGGCUCUUUUUGCGGCUCUUUUUGCCCCACUUUGGCUUUUCGGGCGCUUUCGACGGCUCCGCUGCUGCAGCGGCACCGCGCGGUGGCUCAGGAGCCCUGCGCGCGCUGGCCCGCCGCCGCCUUGACUCCCCUGAGCAGCAGCAGCAGCAGCAGCAGCAGCAGCGGCCCCAGCCCGGUGAGCUGCCCUUCCCAAGCCCUUUGA